AUGUCUGCAGCAGCAAAGCAACGUCUCCAAGCCCUCAGCAAACAGCUAGUCGAGGGCAUUCCCUUCGAGGGUACAUUCGAGGACAUCCCCAAGAUUCGCCAUAUUGCUGGUGAUUCAGCAGGACCCCGGACAAAGGACAAGGUGGUUAUUGUGACUGGCGCCAACUCACCCAACGGCAUUGGCCGGGCCAGCGCACACCAAUUCGCCAACAAUGGCGCCAAAGCAGUCUAUAUCUGUGAUUACAGCGAUACCCACCUGGCAACUCACAAACGGGAAAUGGAGUCCCUCUACCCAAAUGUUGACAUCCACGUACGAUCAUUUGAUGCCGCAGACGAAAAGGCCCUGAUAGCAGUCAUCGACGAGGCAGUAGCAAAGUACGGCCGACUGGAUAUCUUCUUUGCCAAUGCAGGCAUCGUCGGCCAGCCCAAACUCUUCACCGAGAUCGACGGCGACGGAUUUAUGAACACCAUGCGUACAAACGCACUCGGCGUCUUCCUAGCAGCCAAGCACGCAGCCCCAGCAAUGAAACUAACAUCUGCCACAAAACCCUACCCAAGCGGCUCAAUCAUUGGCACAGCCUCAGUAGCAGGCCUCCGCUCGAACGCCGGCUCAACAGACUACUCCGCCUCAAAAGCAGCAGUAGUCUCAAUCGCCCAAACAGUCUCGUACCAACUCGCCGGCACGGGAAUCCGCAUUAACGCCAUCUGCCCGGGAUUGAUCGAGACAGGCAUGACGCAGACAGUAUUUGAUCGGGCGCGGGAACGCGGCACUGAGCGUAAGAUUGGACAGUUGAAUCCUAUGCAGCGAGGUGCUGUUGCUGACGAGGUUGCGCGUGUUGCUCUGUUCCUUGGGUCUGAUGAGGCUUCUUAUGUUAAUGGGCAGGCUUGGGCUGUUUGUGGCGGGUUGAGUGCUGGACAUCCUGUUGUUCCUGGGAAGCUUGCAUAG